UUUUGACUGCCUGUAACAAAAUUAAUUUCAUAAUAGACUGCAAUGGUAAACUACUACUCUGUCCUACAAGUUAAGCAAGAUGCCACUGAAGAUGAAAUCAAAAAGGCGUACAAAUCUUUAGCUCGCACUUGGCAUCCUGACAAGAACCGUAAAAACGAGGAAGAGGCAACAAAGAGAUUUAAGGAUAUCUCUGAAGCUUACACAGUCCUGUCUAACCCAUCUAAAAGGCGAGAGUACGACAUGAAACGCCACGAAAAAUCCCAAGAUAAACCUCAACAUGGUAGAUGGGCCUAUAAGUCCAACAUGGAUACUUCUACACCGGAAUUUACUAGAUUUAACUCAGAUUUUAGUCAAAGAAAUGCUGGAGAGAAAACAAAAUCUAGAUAUCGAUCGAACAGGAGAAACACCGAAUUUCGACGAGAUCCUUACAAUCAAGACUUUCUUUUUGACGAUUUUUUCAAGAACGACUUAUUUAUGGAUAUUUUUGAUAUGUCUGGUAUCGGUGUAAGGCCUGGGCGAACUUGUCUGAAAAACAUGCGAAAUCCUCGCAGUCAAUCUGUUUUCCACGGCCAUUUCAUGGGUCGAGAUCGAGGCAGGUUAUUUGAAGAGUUUGAAGAAAUUGAUCGAAUUUUUGAUAAUCUGUUUUCGUUUUCUUCUCACCGAAUCAGGAUUUAAUCUAAGAGAAUUUUUUACUUCAAAUUGAUUAACAGAUGAAGUAACAUUUCUCCGUCCGACAUUGAACAAUAUUAACAAGAAGAUAAUCAGAAUCCAAACAUUUCGUAUGUAUCCUUAACAUAUCUUGAAUUUUAAUGCUACUAAAAUUGACCAUCUGUUGGUCAAUUAUCCGUCAUAUAAACUAACACUGUCGAUAACCAUGUUCAUUUGUUUACUUAAUCUUUCUGCGACACAAAACCAUUGAAACUACGAAGAUAGAUACAAUAUUGAAUGGAAACAAGGGCAGCUUCGGUCUGGUCCUGGCCUGGUCCAUCCUUUUUAGCUAACCAUAUACUAAAACGCUCUUAUUUCAGA